AUGGCAGCUCCGAAGACGGCAGUUGUGGGGCCGUUGGUGGGGGCAGUGGUCCAGGGUACUGACUCCACUCAUUUUACGGUUUUCAAUUCAAAAACAGCGGAACUACUUAGUCACCAUCAAGUGGAAUUAACCCAAGAGUUCCCAAAAGAAGGAUGGGUAGAACAAGACCCUAAGGAAAUUCUUCAGUCAGUUUAUGGAUGUAUAGAGAAAACAUGUGAGAAACUUCAAGAACUCAGUAUUGAUAUAUCCAACAUAAAAGCUAUUGGUGUCAGCAAUCAGAGGGAAACCACUGUUAUCUGGGACAAAUUAACUGGAGAGCCACUCUACAAUGCUGUGGUGUGGUUUGAUCUAAGAACCCAGUCUACUGUUGAGACUCUUAGCAAAAAAAUUCCAGGAAAUAAUAACUUCAUCAAGUCCAAGACAGGCCUUCCACUUAGCACUUACUUCAGUGCAGUAAAACUUCGUUGGAUUCUUGACAAUGUGAGAAAAGUUCAAAAGGCUGUUGAAGAAGGUAGAGCUCUUUUUGGUACCAUUGAUUGAUGGCUUAUCUGAAGUCUGACAGGAGGAGUUAAUGGAGGUAUCCAUUGUACAGAUGUAACAAAUGCAAGUAGGACAAUGCUCUUCAACAUCCAUUCUUUAGAAUGGGAUAAAAAGCUGUGUAACUUUUUUGAAAUUCCAAUGGACAUUCUUCCAAAUGUCUGGAGUUCUUCUGAGAUCUAUGGCCGAAUGAAAACUGGGGUCUUGGAAGGUGUGCCAAUAUCUGGAUGUUUGGGGGACCAGUCUGCUGCAUUAGUAGGACAAAUGUGCUUCCAGGAAGGACAAGCCAAAAACACGUAGACAGGCUGUUUCUUACUCUGUAAUACAGGUCAUAAGUGUGUAUUUUCUGAACACGGCCUCCUCACCACAGUGGCUUACAAGCUAGGCAAAGACAAGCCAGUAUGUUAUGCAUUGGAAGGUUCUGUUGCUAUAGCCAGUGCUGUUAUUUGCUGGCUGAAAGACAAUCUUGGAAUUAUAAAGACCUCAGAAGAAAGUGAAAAACUUGCUAAAGAAGUAGGUACUUCUUAUGGCUGCUACUUCAUCCCAGCCUUUUCAGGGUUAUAUGCACCUUAUUGGGAGCCCACUGCAAGAGGGAUAAUCUGUGGUCUCACUCAGUUCACCAAUAAAAGUCAUAUUGCUUUUGCUGCAUUAGAAGCUAUUUGUUUCCAAACCUGAGAGAUUUUGGAUGCCAUGAACCAUGACUGUGGAAUUCCACUCAGUCAUUUGCAGGUGGAUGGAGGAAUGACCAACAACAAAGUUCUUAUGCAACUGUAAGCAGACAUUCUGCAUAUUCCAGUAAUAAAAGCCUCCAUGCCUGAAACAACUGCCCUGGGAGCUGCCAUGGCAGCAGGAGCUGCAGAAGGAGUAGACAUUUGGAGUCUUAAACCCGAGGAUUUGUCAAUGGUCAUGAUGGAACGGUUUGAACCACAGAUAAAAGCCACAGAAAGUGAAAUUCGUUAUUCUACAUGGAAGAAAGCUGUGAUGAAGUCAAUGGGUUGGGUUACAACUCAGCCUCCUGAAAGUAGUGAACCUACUAUGUUCUCUAUUCUGCCCUUGGGUUUUUUUAUAGUGACUAGCAUGAUAAUAUUAACUGGAGCAAGAUACCCUACAAGUAAACCUAUGGCUAGAAAUAAACAAAUUACAGCAGAAAACACUGCAGAAACAUUUGGUGUGUUUUUUAACAUCAGCAGUUAA